AUGAGGGAGUUUAACGCAGACCAGUUUGAACUAUUCGAACGGUUGGGGAAAGGUGCCUUUGGUGUGGUUUAUCAUGGGUUUGACAAGGUGACAAAUAUGCAUGUGGCAAUAAAACAAAUAGACUUAGAGAGUACAGAUGACUCAAUCGAGGAGAUACAGAAUGAAAUAACUCUCUUAUCAAAUUGUAGCCAUCCUAAUAUUAUCCAAUAUCAUGGUUCUUUCGUUAAAGGUUACAAAUUAUGGAUUGUCAUGGAGUACUUAGAUGGGGGUUCUUGUAAUGAUCUUUUAGAAGCUGGACCAUUUGAUGAGACCGAAAUAUCUGUGAUAUGCUACAAUCUACUCCAAGGACUGGCAUAUCUACAUAAAUCGGGAAAGAUUCACAGAGACAUUAAGGCAGCAAAUAUUAUGAUUGGAAGAUUAGGACAAGUCAAAAUUGGUGACUUUGGGGUUGCCACUCAACUCACAAAUACAUUAUCUCGUAGACACACAUUUGUUGGCACACCGAAUUGGAUGUCUCCUGAAGUGAUAUUACGAAAAGAUUACGAUUUCAGGGCCGAUAUUUGGUCUUUAGGAAUCACUCUAUUAGAGAUGGCAUACGGAAAACCUCCACUAUCACAAUACAGCACUUACGAAAUUUUAUUCAUGAUACCAAAAAAUCAGCCACCUUCACUUUCAUCUGAUUUCUCAGAAGAAUUUCGUAAUUUUGUUCAUCAAUGCCUUCAAAAAUCUCCUGCAGAUCGACCAUCCACUGGACAACUUUUGAAACAUCGUUUCAUAGCCAAAGGCCGCAAUGUUGAUCAGUCUUGCCUUCAGAAACUAAUUGAUAGGAAAAUUAAACACGACCUGGAAACAGGAAGCAAAGUCACGAAAUAUUAUAAACCCACAGUUAAUCAAUCAGAUGAUCCUCAAAGUGUUCAGUUUGACCUUGAUACUGUCAAUGAAGGAGUUGUAAAAUUUAAUCUCAAUUCCACUUCGGAUGAGCAAGGAGAGCUGAAAAUUCAAUUUCCUGUUGAUCACGACCAGUUCGAAACUAUUAAAGAUCUCUCUAGAGCUCAAUCGUAUGAUUCUUCAGUUGUUAGAGACGAUGUAUCAUCCAUUUCAAGUCAGAAAUCUACUUCAGAGCACGAACUGAAUAUAAUUUUGAAUCAAUCUUUUAAUAAGAUUACCACCAAGUAUAGUCUUACUACUAAUCAAUACGACAAGUUAGUACACUUCAAAUCUCAUUUGUUAGGGAAAUCCUUGAAUUCAAUAGCUCACAACCAAGAUGAACAGAUUUGCCGAGUAUUCUAUAAAGACAUCACCAAAAACAUCAUGAAAUCCAAUAAUGAACGACUCAAACAAAAACUGCUCCCACAUCACUAUAAGACUGUAGAGCGGGAGAAUACUCUCCUAAAGAAAACGUACCAAUAUGAUCGUAAAAGAGAUAGGGUUGAAGAACUUUUACUUGCACGAUGGGCGGAAAAUAUAACUAAAAGUUGA